AUGGAGAUGUUGAAGAAGAUUCAGGUGGACAUUCCACUGGUUGAUGCCUUGAGGGAGAUGCCCGGUUAUGCCAAAAUGAUAAAGGAAUUGAUGUCUCGCAAGUUCAACUUUCAAGACUUGGCGGUUGUGACACUGACUCAGACCUGUAGUGUUGUCGUGACAAGACCUAUCGCUGAGAAGCCAUCCGACCCAGGGAGUUUCACAAUUCCGUGCAUCAUAGGCAACUAUACUUUUGCCAAAGCAUUGUGUGAUUUAGGGGCGAGCAUAAACUUGAUGCCCUUGUGUAUCUACAAAAGGUUAGGCAUUGGAAGGGUUGGAAAGUUUGUGUUUUCAGCAGAUUUUAUUAUUCUAGACUGCCAGGUUGAUGAAGAGAUUCCCAUAAUUUUGGAAAGGCCAUUCCUGGCCACAGGGAGAGCUCUGAUUGAUUGUGAAACUGGGGACCUAAAUAUGAGACUAAACGAUGAAAAAAUAACAUUCAAUGUGCAGAAGUCUAUGCGGCGACCCAGUGAGUUUGCUAAUUACUCUCUGAUCGAAGAUGUGGAUGUGAUAUUGGAGGAGGAAGAUGAGGCUCUGAAUGCAAAAGACCCUCUAGCAGCCUGCCUGAUGAACUUAGAAGAGGUAGAUGGUGAGGACUUAGCGGAGUGGGUUUUGGACCUUGAAGACCAAGGGUACUUGAAAAGAGAGCUCGAAUUUGAGCCUUUGCAUUUAGAAGAAAGAAAGACCCCUCCAGCUAAGCAUCAAUUGAAGAGCUACCACUGUUGGAGCUAA